AGUGAAGAUAUGAGGCCCCUGUAAUGUGUGGAGGGAGAAGAGAAGUCUCUCAUGGCCUCUCUGCUCUCCCUCCAUCUCCCCAAGCCCAAUCCCCAUUCUCCCAUCAGGGCCUCCUCCUCCUCCUCCUCUCCUUCCACCACAACCACCACCACCACCCCAGCUCCUCCACAGAGUCUUGAGAAGAGGUUUGGCCGGAAAGGAAUUAAGUUCACCGAAUCCGGCGAUGUCCCCACCGUCGAGCUGAGAGUAAGAAACGGGAGCUCGCUCCACCUACGCAUACCUGAUGGGCUUAUCACAUCCUACAAGCCGAAGGUCUACUGGAAGGAUGAAGGAUUCGAGGAGGUGCUUCACACUGUUCGCGGCGGCGGGUCGGAUGCCGCUAGCUUGGUGAAAGGUGGACUUGGUUUGGUUCUCAAUGACGUAUCAAGACUGAAUCCUGAUGGUUCUCCUUGGAGCGCUUCCCAGUGGGCUGUGAAGGAUUCCGACUCGGAUUCCAUUGAUGCAGUGCAGGUUGAAUUGAGCUGCACAAAUGGAGAUGGCUCACUCCAUAUAACAUACAUUGUAUCUCUCUAUCCCCUCAGCAUGGCAACCGCAGUCGUCGUAAAGAAUAAGGGAGCAGAGUCUGUAAAGCUCACAAGUGCCAUAUUGAGCCAUCUCAGGUUUAAAAGCCGGUAUGGCUCUGCAGUCGAGGGGCUCAGGGGCUGCUCCUAUUGUGCACACCCACCUCUGUCUUCUAGCUUUGGUAUCUUGUCUCCAGCUGAUGCAAUGGAACCUGAACCUCCCAGUUGGUACUCCUUCCUGGGUUCUGCUUUCAGCAAGGAUAUUGACAAGGAGGUCAAGGAUUCAUGGACUGUAGAGGAUGAUUUGUACACCAUCUUGAGGGGCAAGCUUAGUCGAGUCUAUACUGCACCUCCAAUGGAGAGACUGAAGCGUAUAUAUAGAACUCCACCCUCCAAAUAUACAACUAUUGAUCAGGGUAGCGGUCUUGGAUUUAGGGUGAUAAGGAUGGGGUAUGAUGACAUUUACUUAUGUAGCCCUGGUUCUCUCUCUCAAAGAUAUGGGAAAGACUACUUCAUCUGCACUGGUCCUGCUUCAAUGCUAGUACCUGUGGUUCUGAAUCCUGGUGAGGAAUGGAGAGCAGCACAGGUCAUCGAGCAUGAUAAUUUGUAAUAUUUUCUAUGAAAUUGUAAUAUAAUGUCUUUGAUUUAGGGUUGGUUAUUUUCUAUUACCAACACAAAUUGUAUUUAUUACCUCCAAUGAAUAGUAAUUGUAAUAUGAUACUACUUUCUCAUGGUGCGACUUAAUGGUGAGUGUAAUGGCACAAUGAUGACUAUAUCUUGCAACAACAUGUUUUCUUAUGAGAA